AUGUCUGAAUUCCCACCAUUAAAGAAUGAUUUGAUCUUGAGAGCUGCAAGAGGUGAGUUUGAAAAGUUGUAUUGCAUGAAAUAUCAUGAAGUUAAAGAUGGUAGAGAUUUUUUUGAAACUUGUAGAGAUGCUGAAAUUGCAAGUACUAUUACUAUACAACCAAUUGAUCAUUUUGAUGGAUUAAUUGAUGCUGCAAUUAUAUUUAGUGAUAUUUUGGUUAUACCGCAAGCUAUGGGUAUGGAAGUUAUUAUGAUUGAUAAACAAGGUCCUCAUUUCACCGAUCCUUUAAGAAAACCUGAAGAUUUGAACAAAUUAAAUAAGCAUGUUGAUGUUACUAAAGAAUUAGAUUGGGCUUUUAAGGCAAUUACUUUAACAAGAAAAAAAUUACAAGGUAGAGUUCCAUUAUUAGGUUUUUGUGGUGGUCCCUGGACUUUAUUAGUUUAUAUGAUUGAAGGUGGUGGUUCAAGAUUAUUUAGAUUUGCUAAAGAAUGGAUUUAUAAAUAUCCAAAAGAAUCCCAUGAAUUAUUACAAAGAAUCGCAGAUGUUGCAAUUGAUUUCUUAGCUCAUCAAGUUAAAGCAGGUGCUCAAAUGUUACAAAUUUUUGAAUCUUGGGGUGGUGAAUUAGGUCCAAAAGAAUUUAAAGAAUUUUCUUUACCAUAUAUUAAACAAAUUAGUUCAAAAUUACCUUCAAAAUUAAAAGAAUUAGGUAUUAAAGAAGAUAUUCCAUUAACAAUUUUCGCAAAAGGUUCAUGGUAUGCAUUAGAUGAUUUAUGUGAUUCAGGUUAUAAUGCUGUUUCAUUAGAUUGGUUAUGGGAUCCAAAAGAAGCUGUUAAAAUUGCUAAUGGUAGAGUUACUUUACAAGGUAAUUUAGAUCCAGGUACAAUUUAUGGUUCAGAUGAAAUUAUUUCUGAAAAAGUUGAAGAAAUGAUUAAAGGAUUUGGUGGUGGUAAACAAAAUUAUAUAAUUAAUUUUGGUCAUGGUACUCAUCCUUUUAUGGAACCUGAAAAAAUUCGUCAUUUCUUAAAAGAAUGUCAUAGAUUUGGUUCUCAAUGA